AUGUAUGGGACCAAAAGCAAAAUUGACCUUGCCUUUGAAUACCAAUCCCAGGUAUCAGUUUUGAGGCCCAGCAUCCAUUCCAGGAGGGCAAAUCUGACCGUGAAAUUCCAAGACCUUUAUGGAUUCACAGUUGAAGGGAAUGUAGAUGAUGUGAAUGUGUUGAAUGAGGUAAGGGAGAAGGUGAGGCAACAGGGAAGAGUUUGGUGGGCAUUGGAGGCCAACAAAGGGGCAAAUUGGUAUUUGCACACCACCAUAGGGCCAGGCAGUGCCCUUACAUCCUCCUUGAAAUUCUCGGCUCUGACUAAUGCUAUCACGUUGAAGAAGUUGAUCAGGAAGGGGAUACCCCCUGUUCUUAGGCCUAAGAUUUGGUUUUCUUUGUCAGGGGCAGCCAAGAAAAAGUCCACCGUGCCUGACAGUUAUUAUGAUGAUUUGACGAAAGCAGUGGAGGGGAAGGUCACCCCUGCUACCCGGCAGAUAGAUCAUGACCUACCACGAACCUUCCCUGGCCACCCCUGGCUGGACACACCCGCCGGGCAUGCUGCUCUCAGACGGGUUCUUGUUGCUUAUUCCUUCCGUGAUUCUGAUGUUGGGUAUUGUCAGGGAUUAAAUUACGUGGCAGCAUUGUUGUUGCUUGUCAUGAAGACAGAAGAAGAUGCAUUUUGGAUGCUUGCUGUCUUGUUGGAAAAUGUCCUGGUUAAUGAUUGUUACACAAACAACUUGUCAGGAUGCCAUGUGGAACAAAGAGUGUUUAAAGAUUUACUGGCUAAAAAGUGUCCAAGGAUUGCGAGUCAUUUAGAAGCUUUGGAAUUUGAUGUUUCCCUUGUUGCUACCGAGUGGUUCCUUUGCCUCUUUUCAAAAAGCCUGCCUUCAGAGACUACUCUUCGCGUGUGGGAUGUUAUCUUCUAUGAGGGUGCUAAGGUUAUAUUUAACGUGGCCUUGGCAAUCUUUAAGAUGAAGGAAGAUGAAUUAAUUCUAACCCAUCAUGUUGGUGAAGUAAUCAACAUUCUGCAGCUGACCACUCAUCACCUAUUUGAUCCGGAUGAUCUAUUGACAGUGGCAUUUGAUAAAAUAGGUUCGAUGACAACAAACACGAUAUCAAAGCAAAGGAAAAAACAAGAACCUGAAGUGAUGAAGGAGCUUGAUCAGAGGAUCAGACGGUUAAAUUCCCUUAGAUCGGAUGCUAAUGAAUAG